AUGGGCAUUCGAAUGGAUGCAACUCAGAAAGAUGUUGGGCUUGCGGCGUUCAGUGAGGACAUCCUCAAGAUCGAGAUCAGCGGACCUGACGUCAUUGAUGUCCCGAGAGUUUUCCGUGUACCCACGUCAGGACUCACCACAGAAAGCAAUAUCGUCCUUGUCGAGAAUAUGGUGAAGUCGUACAUGGCUACCCGCCGAACUAUCAUACUCGCAGUCAUAUCAUGUAGCGUCGACAUUGCCACUCAGGAGAUUCUUAAACCUGCCGAGAUCGCUGAUCCUGAGGGUGUGCGAACGAUGGGUGUACUCACGAAGCCGGAUCUCGUUACAGGAAUGGCCACCCAAGGUAUGAUCAUUGAUCUUGUUCUUGUAAAGCGCAGUACCCUCAGACUUGGAUACCAUGUUGUCAAGAACCGUAGCGCAUAUGACAAUACCUCCAAACUUUCCCAGAAGGUAUCUGGCAAUCGCUUUGUCGACGUCAUUUGCCAGCAAGUCAUUUUCCAUCUCCUGCUUGAGGGUGGCGUCGGCCCGUUGAAAGUUUUUGACCCGGAGCUGAUUAUGAAACUCGACCAUGACAAGCUUGAGCAGAUCGCGGGGGAAGACGCGGAGUCGAUACACCAGCGGCAGACCUUAAAAGGGGGGUGGCAAGCUUCGAGGAGGCCUUGA